AGCGCAUCAUACAAUUCCCAUUUCUUUCCAAAAUUUCAAUCUUUUCAACUUCAAGACUAACACCCGUUGAAAAAUGGUUGACUUUGCGCCAUUCCUCACCACGUCACCACGAGAACGUUAGCGACGACACUAUCAUCCAUUGAUAUCCAUGUAUAAUCAAGGUCCAGUCUGAAAUAACUAAAUGCUACGGGCCAACCAAUUCGAUGUAUUUCUGGCCAUGCCGUCGUCCUCUCUUCGACUUGCCUUAAUCAGUCCACCUUCGCGAGUACGCUUAGGUCGGACAUGUCUCUCCUCCGUAGCCACCGUACGGUUUAGAAGCCACCAUGCGUCAAUCUCUAAUAUCGCAGCCUUAUCUGUUCCCAAGUUUCACAGCAUCCAAUCCGCCCCGCCCGCCGAGGUCACAUCCCAGGACUUACUUGCGACUUUUCGCAUGACUUCGCCGUCAGACCAGCCUAUUGACCAUGAUCUUAAUGCCUUAUUUACCAAGAAUCCCGCCGAAUUCUUGUAUGCCGAGUCCGACUUUUAUCAACUGAAAAUGAACAAGCGCGUUCCCGAAAUUUGUCUCCUCGGACGCUCCAACGUUGGCAAAUCAACUUUUGUCAAUGCAUUGGCAGGGCGUCGCCCUGGUAGUCUUUGCUAUGUCAGUAAGAAGGCUGGAAGGACCAAGGCAAUUACUACGUAUGGCUUCGGUCCGCCGCCUCCUCCCCCCACACCCCUAGAAACAGCUGCCUUGGCUGAUAACAAGGUCAACCUUCACCAGAAGCGCAAGGAGGAAGUGCCGAAGCAUUCACUAUAUGUAGUGGAUAUGCCCGGAUACGGUUUUGCUUCUAGGGCAGAAUGGGGUGAUACUAUCACUCGUUACUUGAGCCGAAGAGCCAGUGUUACAGGAGCGAUAUUGCUGAUAGACGCCCAUGUUGGUCCCAAGGAGGGAGAUUUGCACAUGCUCGAGCUGCUGAUGGCCGGCCAGAUGAAGACAACCAUCGUCCUCACCAAAUCUGACAAAACCAAAAACGGCGUAGAAAGUUUGCGCGAAACUUGCAAGAAGUUAUGGGAUGCUAUCCUCGUGAUCGGAAAACAAAAAGAUCCAAUGGAGACUAAUGCAUGGACCUUGGAAAACCCAAUAUUUGUUACAGCCUUAAACGCAUCAGACAAUGAUCUUGUAUCUACGUCGGUUACUACCGCUAGAUUGGCUGCUGCACGCUUAGCCGGCCUGGUUAGCGAAACCCAACCAAAGUCGGUGGAAACCCAAAGGUGGUCCGGCCAAGUCGUCUCAUUUGACGACCUACAGUUGGCCUCUCAGAAUAGCACGGCAAUUCCUAAGCAGGCCAGCAGUGGCUUUCCCAUCCCAACUCGCUUUACUGCAGACAGUCGUCUACCCCUGGGCCCUUACAAGACAUCCCAUUUCUCUAGCAUAUCCACUCAAUCAGUGCAUGGGUUUCAUAGCUAUGCUGCACUUCGGGCUCCGCGUACAGCAAAAGCACCUCCUGCUCCACAUACCCCCGAAGUUAUGGCGCUACGGAAAAUUAUGGAUAAGUAUGCGGCUAGCUUGAAAUUCGAAGAAACGACCAAAGAGCACGCGAGGCAAACCACUCGGAACAAUGACAGUGCCUUGCCACGAUCUCUCGACCAGGGCAGCCUUCUCCAGAACCAAGAAAGAAAACUGGCUAAGAACCUACAGAAGCUUAAUCCGAACGACACGGAAAGGACAAAGGCCGUAAAGGAAAAGAGGAUGGCAGCGACGGCGAAGAAAGGUAAAAAAUCGAGGAAGGGAAGGAAGAAGUCCAAAUCCGAUGAAACUUUCGAGGAGCCUGAGGAUGAUGAAAUGUGGCCGAGUAUGAGCUCCUCGCGCUCCUCGCGCUCCUCGGGCGCGCACGCCCCCACGUCCCUCAAGAAGAAGGUCGGAGUGGAUCAUGUCAUGAGUCCCGACGUCUUUGCCCAGGCGAUGAUGUCGUCUUCUGGGCUGGACUCGGGGAAGAAGGGCAAGAAGGGGAAGAAAGGAGGUGGUGACGGGCAAGACGGUGGAGGGGGAGGGGGAGGUUCAAAGGGUAAAAAGGGAGGCAAAAAAGAACAAGCGCCUCUCGAUCCUUUCGAGGCCAAGUUCGCCCAGGCUUUCAGCAGACUAUAAUGAUGCCGAUCGCGACCCUAGGUAUAGGAGUCGAUCGAUCCUAUGAUUGGAUGGCAUAUGCGAGGAGAGAAGAAAUCUCUACCUAGGUUAGGCAUCUAGGUACUAUAACGGCUCAAGGACGUCUCGACCGUAUAGGUCAUUGUACAUAGGGUAUUGCAGUCAGAGUAUAGUAACCCACCUCACACAACACGUUCACGCGCUAU